AUGGAGCUAUUACUCCCAGGGACUGCAGCAUCAUUCAUGGCGUGGAAUCUACCAGAAAGAAGAGCUGAUGUCUUCACGGUUGUAGAAUUUGUGAAAUUUAUUACAUGUAAAACAAAAGCUACUUCCCCUAAAGUAUUCAGCAGUCCGUGA